CCAGACUCGGGGUGAGCCCCAAGACCUCCAGCUCUACUGGCUCAAAGUGUUACUCCUCUUGGGGGCAUUUGUAUUUUAAGAGUUGUCUGAGACGCAGAGAGGACCGCGACUCAUUAUGGAGAGCGGAGGUCCACUGGCCACACGGCAUGGGCUGCAGCUGCUGCUGCCGCUGCUGCUGCUACUGCUGCUUCCCAGCCAUGAAGGACGGGCCGUGAGACAUACUCUCCCCAGACAGGUGACUCAGGACUGGCCUGCUCUGCACCUCAGCAAUGGCCCUGGACAAGAACCUGUAACCAUCAUGACCUUUAACCUCACCAAGAUCAUAAAAACCAUCUCCUCCUUUGAGUUUCGGACCUGGGAUCCAGAGGGAGUGAUUUUUUAUGGUGAUACCAACCCAGAGGAUGACUGGUUUGUGCUAGGACUUCGGGAUGGCAGGCCUGAGAUCCAGCUUCAUAAUCACUGGGCCCAACUUACAGUGGGCGCUGGACCCCGGCUGGACAAUGGGAGGUGGUACCAGAUGGAAGUUAAGAUCCAUGUGGAUUCUGUGAUGCUGGGGCUGGAUGGGGAGGAGGUGCUGCAUCUGAGACAGGUCUCUGGGCCACUGGUGAACAAACCCCAGCCCACCAUGAGGAUUGCUCUGGGGGUGCUGCUCUUCCCUGCCUCUAAACUUGGUUGCCGCAUCCCCUGCAUCUUCCCUUCCCCCUACGGGCUCCAGCUGGUCCCUGACCUGGAUGGCUGCCUGCGCCGGAAUGACUGGCUGGACCAGCAGGCCCAGACCUCAGCAUCUGUCCCCACUAGUCUCAGAAGCUGUGCUGUAGAGUCUCAACCUGGGAUAUUCUUCCCGCCAGGGACUGGUGCAGAAUUCAGUCUCCAAGACAUUCCCCGGCCUCAUGUAGAGCCCUGGGCCUUCUCCUUGGACCUGGGACUCCAGCUAGCAGCAGGCUCAGGCCACCUCCUUGCCCUUGGGACCCCAGAAAACCCUUUUUGGCUCAGCCUCCACCUCCGAGAUCAAAAAGUGGUGCUGUCUUCUGUGUCAGGGCCAGGGCUGGAUCUGCCCCUCAUCUUGGGGAUCACUCUUCAGCUGAAGCUGACUGUGGUGGUUUUGAACCAGGGGACAAAGAAGGAGAUUCUUGCUCUGCCCCCCAUGGACCCUGACUCCCUCCUCAACCUCUGGGCCCAGACACAGGGGCGUCUCUUCCUGGGGGCUUUGCCAGGAGAGGCCUCUUCUGCAUCCUUUUGCUUGGAUGGCCUUUGGGCCCAAGGCCAGAGGCUGGACAUGGACCGGGCCCUGAGCAGAAGCCAGGACAUCUGGACUCACAGCUGCCCCCAGAACCCAGGCAAUGGCACUGACACUACCCGUUAA